AUGCCACCGAAACGACCCGCUCCAUCCGAUACGGAUGGUCUCCCCAAGUCUGCUCCAAAGCGCGCACGCUUUGCCGAACCUGAGAACGAUGAUCGAGGAAAAUUAUCAUCUUCGCGAACGGUUCAAGGGAAUGAUGCAUCCAACGAGGGCGAAGCCUUUAAUUCGGCCCAAUUUGCAGAUGAAGUAGACGCAUCCCUCGACAUGGCGGGUAAAACUGCUCGUCAAAAGGGAAAAGGAGCUGUUAAAGUUGAAGGAUACGAGUCGGAUAGUACCGACGAUGGCGAGGGUGUCGUGCUCAGUCGACGAAAGGGUCAGGAGGACGUGGAUGACGAUGACAUGUUCAAUAUGGGGAUGAAGAUGAAAAGGAGAAGAAGCAGGAGACCAAAAGGAAACGAAAUACUCGAACUCGGCGAGAUUGAAGGACAAGAGUUUGGAGCAGAGGAUGAGGAGGAUGAGGAGAGGAUGGAUGGGGACGAGGACGAUGAAGCGUCCGUUUCAGAGAGCGAACCAGAGGACGAGGACGAUGCCGAGCGACGCAAAAGGGCAGGCAUGGGCUUCGAGAUUAGCAAGUUUAACAUGAAGGAGGAGAUGGAGGAGGGAAAGUUUGCCGAGGAUGGAAUGAAGAAGAAGAAGGAUGCAAAGCUCAAGAAGAAGCAAACCGGCGACGACGUGCCCAUGGGCGGCACCAAGGAUCCGAAACCAACCUCUUCUGACAUUGAUCGACUCACUGCGCUCGCAUCUGCGCUCAUAGUGGACGACCCAGAUGUGUAUUCGAAUACCUACGAGGGUAUCCUGCGGUCUGUGCGACGGUCGGGGACAGUACCGCAAGAUUGGGUACCACCCCAACCGCAGUAUGAAUACUGCUGGGCGCAGACGGACGCAUCGAAUGGCGCCGCAGAUACGGUGUAUGGACCGUUUCCUGCCCGAGAUAUGCAGCAGUGGUACGAAGCCUCGUUCUUUGGGUUGAGCGGGGAGAAGAUAAGGGCGCAAAGUGGAACGAGCGAGUGGCAAGCCUGGGAUGAUGUAUUUGCAUGA